GGUGUAUUAGACGAUAGAGUUGUGCUAAUGUAACAUUUAUUGUGACAACGCAUAUCACCGUGAUUCUCUCAGCUAGACGGACGAGUAGUUUGUUAAAAUAUGGCUGAUAAUUACAACGACGAAGUGAUAAAUAGACUCAGAGAGUAUUUGAGAAUACCGAGUGUUCAUCCAGAUGUCGAUUAUCAUGAUUGCGUGGAAUUCUUCAAAUCGCAAGCAAAGUCAUUGGAUUUACCGAUAGAAGUUUACGAAUUUGCGCCAAAGAAACCUGUAGUAAUCAUCACAUGGAAAGGAUUAGAGCCCGAUCUACCGGCGAUAUUACUUAAUUCCCACAUGGAUGUUGUGCCCGUUUUUGAGGAUCAUUGGACUCAUCCACCAUUCGACGCUGUAUUGACGAACGAUGGAUGGCUGUAUGCGCGAGGAUCUCAAGACAUGAAGAGUGUCGGUAUGAUACACCUGGAAGCUGUAAGACGUCUUAAGGAUGCUGGUGUUAUUUUGAAAAGAACUGUUCAUGUUAGUUUUGUACCUGAUGAAGAGAUCGGGGGCGACUUGGGUAUGAAUUUGUUUACGCUGUCCGAAGAAUUCAAAAACCUCAAUAUUGGCUUCGCCCUCGAUGAGAGUUGCCCAUCUAUAGAUGACACACUGUUGGCAUUCCACGGUGAACGCACAUGUAGACAAAUCAAAGUAACCUGCCUUGGAAAUCCUGGACACGGCUCUUUAUUAUUUGACAACACAGCAGGAGAAAAACUUUAUUAUAUGAUAGACAAGUUCAUGAAGUUUCGUGAAGCGGAAAGGAAGAAACUGAAAUCGAUAUUAGAAACGGGUGGCGUCACUACUGUGAAUUUGACCAUGAUCGAGGGUGGUGUCCAAGUGAAUGUAUUACCAGAAAAAUUAUCCGUAUCAUUUGACGUGAGGAUUGCGCCUGAUGUGGAUCACGAUGAAUUUGAUAAUAUGAUACAGUCUUGGUGUAAUGAAGCAGGAGAAGGUGUCUCCUUCGAGUACUACAUCAAAAAUCCACAGAUCAAAUGUACUUGUAUCGAUGAAAAUGCGGUAUUUUUCACCGCUCUAAAGGAUUCCCUGGAUAAAAUGGGUAUCAAGCUGAACUGUCUCAUCUGCCCUGGUACUACAGACGCUCGAUACAUUCGCAAACAGGGCAUCCCUGCGAUCAACCUUACCCCAAUGACUAACACGCCAUUGCUUAUUCAUGCCCAUGACGAGAGAAUUCACGUGGACAGAUAUAGAGAAGGAAUCGAUAUUAUGGAAAAAAUGCUUACAGCUAUUGCUAACGUAUAAAACUUAUCACAAAUAAAAAACUUAUAAUAUAUUAUAACCAAUAAAUAUAUUUGAUAAGUGAGUUAUUAUUACUAUUUACAGUUUACUUUAAACCUACAUUUAUUUAUAUACAAUUCCUGUAUUCACGGGUAGAUUUUUCUAUUUCCUGAUC